CAGCACUGUUGUGCCGCUAGAUCACUGCAGUAGCCGGUGCAGACGCAUACGGUGCGAGAUAUUACUUGUUGGGACAGCUGCGUCCGGUGCGCAAAGCAGGAGCUGCUAGUUUUGGCGCCCUGCACUGUUCACAGCAGUCUCAGCCAGGGCAGCGCUAUCUGCGCAAGCGCUAUCACUGCAGCAAUGAACGGCACACCGCCAAAACCGCCGCAAUCGGCAGAAAAAUGGCGCAAAAAGCGCGACGACGCCCGGCAAAAGAAGCAAGACCUCGACAGCGACGUCGCAACCGCGACCACCGUCCCGCUAAAAAACGUCUUCGCCACCUUAGCACCGACGACGGCAGAACGCAUCAAGCGCAUGCAAGCGAAGGCCGCACCGUCCAGUCCACCUCCUCCGCCGCCGCCGCGCCGGAGCAUCGAUCCGGCCGCGUGCGCAAGGCGGGAGGCCCGCGUCGCGUCCUUAGUGAGGUCGUCGCGCGACGCCUCGCCCGUGUCGAGCGUGGCGUCGACGCCGGUCAAAGUGCCGGUCGAGUCCGAGGCGCUGACGACGACGAGCCCCGACGUCGUGUCCGCCGCCGCCGCGUCGCUCCGCCGCGCGCCCGCGCGCUUCGCCACGGACGAUUCGCCGGACGCCAAGACCGUGAACUCCGCCGCCGCGGCGCUCGCGGCGCUUUCGGUGCACGACAAAGCUGUUGCCGCGGGCGUCGUCGCCCACGCGGCCGCGGUCGACGCGGAGAAGCGCGACUCCACCGAGUCCUGGGACCAGUCGCCGCCGCAGCAACUAAGGGUCUGGCGGGGCGGCGGCGUCGGCGGGACAGGAAGAAGUGGCGUCGGCCGCGUCGGCCGCGAACCCGUGGAGCGGUCCCGGGCCCUCACGGCGCGAUCCCGGGCGCCGCGGACCCCGAUCCACGGCGCGCCGCGGAAACGAGCUUUGCCUCGCAGGAAGAAGGGCGAUCCCGGCUUGGAUGCGGCCGCCGAAGCCUACGCGGACUACUUCUGGCCCUGGCGGCGGAAGAAGCGGGAGGCGGCUUUUGAUGAAGACAUCAUACCGAGAAACUGGGACGUGGUCGGCGAGGGCGACUGCGACGACGGCGCGUGGCGGGCAAGAUGGCGCACGCUGCGCAUCGUCACGCAGAACUACCACGAGGGCGACGCCGUCGACGUGCGGGUCCCGCCGCCGGAUUCUCAUUUAGUAGAGACGGCGGGGCGGCCCUGGGCCGACGCCGUGGGCCGGGCCGCGAAGGACGCGACGUCGUUGGACGACUCGCGGCCGCUCGUCGCCGUGUCCUGCGUGGCGACGACGCAGAGCGACGCGGACGGCGUAGCUGCUCUAUUUAGGGGAUUGGACGCGGGGCCGCGCCUACCCUGGCGCGUGUCGCUGCGCUGCGUGUCUUUGGUGGGCCUCGGACUCGGCGACGAGAAAAGUCUCGGGGCGACGCUCCAUGCGCUCACGAAGCUGCGGUGCCUGGACCUGUCGCGGAAUUGUUUGCGGAGCGCGCCGCCGCAGCUGCCCGCGGGGUUGGUGCGAUUGGCGCUCGCGGAGAAUCGACUCAAGAGUUGCGUGCGGCUGGAGCAGCUGGCGUCGUUACGUGUACUAGAUGUAGCGGGCAACCCGAUCACGUCGACGCGCGCCUUCUUUCCGCUGGUGCUGUGCCGGAUGACGCUGGUGGAGCUGCGCGUGCGCGACCUGAGGACGUGGGAGCCGUGCUGGCGGCGCAAGGUGAAGGACCUGUUUCCGAAGGCGACGGUGUUGUAAGUUUU